UGCCACCUGUCAGUGUCCAUCGGUGCCUUAUGUCAGUGGUCAUCAGUGCCUCGUGCCAGUGCCCAUCAGUGCCACAUAUCAGUGCCUACCAGUGCACAUCAAUGCCACAUAUCAGUGGCCAUCUGAGCUGUCUUUCAGUGUCAUCCAUCAGUGCCAGUGAGUGCCACCUAUCAAUGCCAAUCAUCAGUGCCGCCUAUCAGUGCCAGUCAGUGCUGCCUAUCAGUGCACAUCAGUGCCUCCUAUCAGUGCCGCCUAACAGUGCCAGUCAGUGCCGCCUAUUAGUGCCAGUCAGUGCCACCUAUCAGUGCCACCUAUCAGUGCCA